AUGGAGAGCAAUACGUUUGAUGAACUUCUGAGUUUAAUGCGACCAUAUCUUAGUAAACAAGAUACUGCAAUGAGACAAAGUAUACUUGCCGAUGAACGACUUAUUGCCACUCUUCGUUUUCUUGCUACUGGACGUAGUAAUGAAGAUCUUAAGUUCACUACAGGAAUAUCUGCUCAAGCUUUAGGACGCAUCAUACCCGAAACAUGCAAGGCUCUAUAUGAGGUAUUACAUAAGGAUUACUUGAAGAUGCCGUCAAGUGAAGACGAUUGGAGAAUCGUUGCUGAAGGCUUUAACUCACAAUGGCAGAUACCAAACUGUGGAGGCGCCAUCGAUGGAAAACACAUUCGCAUAUUUCCGCCACCAAAUACAGGCGCAUUUUAUUAUAACUAUAAGAACUUUUAUAGUAUUGUGUUAAUGGCGAUCGUGAACGCAGAAUAUGAGUUCUUGUAUGUUGAUGUUGGUAAAAAUGGUCGACUAUCAGAUGGUGGAGUACUAGGAUACACGACGUUUUUCAGACAUUUAAUUUCAGAUCGACUUAAUUUGCCUCAUAUUACGGAAACUACUGCAAAUUUAAACUUUGUGUUUAUAGGAGAUGAAGCAUUUGCUUUACAUUUUGCCAUAUUUUAA